UCUGCAAGACCUGAGGCCACAGGCCAGCCCAACCUACUCACUAUAAAAAGGAGCUGACACUCAGCCCUGUAUAUUCCUUGUCAAUUCUGUUUCGGGCAGAGCUGGAGAACAAACCCUUGUGCACCAUGCAGACUGAACUGGAGAAAGCUUUGAACAAUAUUAUUACUGUCUACCACAAGUACUCCCUGGAGAAAGGGAACCACCAUGCCGUCUACAAGGACGACCUGAAGAAACUACUGACGACUGAGUGUCCUCAAUACACAAAGAAAAAGACUGCAGAUGAGUGGUUCAAACAGUUGGAUGUCAAUGAAGAUGGUGCAAUUAACUUUCAGGAGUUCCUCGUACUUGUGGUAAAAGUGGCACUGAGAGCUCACGAAGAGAGCCACAAACACUAGCAGAGCUGUUGGGCCCGUACAUUUGUUCCCGCAAAUUAAUAAAGUUAUCAAUACCUCAGG